UCGUAGGUAAUCCUUUUCUAACGUAUUUCCUAUGGAGUUUCCUACUCCUUUCCCACACAAAAAUUUCAUUGGAUUCUCUUACUUAUUUCUCACGGAAUUAAUUUUCUUAACUUUCCAACGCAUUUCCUACGAUUUUUUUUUUCUUCCUACACAAUUACAACGGAAUGUAUUCGUUUUUCCUGCACAGUUCCUACGAAAAUAGUUUUUUUCCUACACAAUUCCAACUGUGUGUGAUUUUCUGAGAGUUGAGAGUUGAAUUAGAGAUCAAACAUCGUUGUCGUUAUAGGUGUCGUUGUCGCGACGGAAGAAUAUCAUCUGCUAGCAUUAGCACACGCCCUAUCUACUGGGACCCCGUAUCUCCCAACACAAACACACAUCUACUGUUUUUUCUUUUAUGUUGUAUUGUUGUGUUUAGGUUGUUUGUUGUUUUCAAAUCAUUUUUGUUGAUUAUCAACACUUUUCUGGGUACCCAUGAAUCAAAACAAAUCGUCGUUACGAAUCGCGAGUGUGAACCAAAGAAAAUACCUGGUCCGGAUGGUGGUUGCCAUGACAUUAUCGUGUUACUUUUUUAUUGUGUCCUUUUUCCAACACUUUUUUCUAUUCGUAUAUAAAUCCGUGUCCUUACAACCAAACUAUCACAUCUUUUUAGUUUAGUUUGAGCUAUCAUACAAUAUCAAUGUCAAGAGAAGAAAUGAAGUUAACUAUGAAAGUUAAUGGUCUAUCCAAAGUGCCUCCAGGGUUUCGAUUCCAUCCGACCGAAGAAGAGCUUCUUCACUAUUACUUAAGGAAGAAAGUUGCGUACGAAUCGAUUGAUCUUGAUGUUAUUCAAGAGGUUGAUCUUAAUAAGCUUGAACCCUGGGACAUCCAAGAAAAAUGCAACUUAGGCUCCAACGCGCAAAAUGAUUGGUACUUUUUUAGCCACAAAGACAAGAAAUAUCCGAGUGGGACCCGAACAAAUCGCGCAACUGCUGCUGGAUUCUGGAAAGCCACUGGACGCGAUAAGGUCAUACAUAGUAGCCUUCAACGAAUCGGCAUGAGGAAGACAUUGGUGUUUUACAAAGGGAGAGCACCUCAUGGCCAGAAAUCUGAUUGGAUUAUGCAUGAGUAUAGGCUUGAUGAUAUUAUCAUUCCCAUCCAAGAUUCAAAUGCUUCUAACUUGUGUGAUUGUACACAUGAAGAAGGGUGGGUGGUAUGCCGUUUGUUCAAGAAGAAACACUACCAUAAAUCCAUUGAGACACCCAAAAGAUCAUUAUCUAGCUCUAUGGACACAAGAGCACAUGAGUUGCAAUCGUCAAACAAAGACGGUGUUCUUGAACAAUUACUCGCGUACAUGGAUGGUAGGUCUUGCAUGCAAGAAAUAGAUAAUUGUACCACCCACGAUCAUGGUCCUAUGGAGCAAUUCAUAAACCCUGUCAACGACAUAUUUGUUGAUCACCUCCCUCGGCUUGAAAGUCCCGCUAUGACUACAUCUCCUCAUAUGAGCACAACCACUACUUUUGAUCAUGGUUAUUCAUAUGAUCAGUGUAAUUGGGCAGAUGUGGACAAGUUUUUGGCUUCUCAGCUCGACGUUCGAAUGGAGGAAACUAAGCACGUCUCUUGCUAUGGGAAAUCUGGCGACAAGCCAUUUUUCUCCAUGGACCAUAAUGAGCCAAACGAGGAUGAUAUUUGGAGCUUAGAUAGCUAGAUCACUGCUUGAUCCGCUAUUUCACUAGUCGGUUAUGUGUUUAUAUGUUUUGCGGAUGAGAUAUACGAUGUAAUAAAUAUACUUGCACUAGAAUAGCAUUAUAUGAUAUAGUGUUUGAGUAGCUGGAACAGAAAUUUAAU